CCUCCAUGUCUCUCUCUCUCUUUCUUUCUUGGUCAUCAUGAUUCAUGAUCAUCCAACAUCCUCAGCUUAGCUUAAACUAAAUUAUAAAUCCCACAAAAGGUAAAAGGUGGUGUUAAAGAAGAAGAAAAGCAAAUCCAUACAAGCAAGGACCAGAUUCGAAGUGGUAGAGCCAGCCAGCCAGAGAGAAAGAGGGUCUGUUGUCAUCAACAACCCAUUUUCAAUUCUUCUUCUCUUGUAAAAGGGUUUCUGUGGAAACGAAGCAUGUGUUUGUAUAACAAAGGAAAGCUUAGAGACUAAGGGGAACCGAGCCUACCCCUCUUCCCUUCUCUUCUCUGCUUCUUGCUCUUUUCUUUUGCUUGUAGCAGCUUUUUUCAAGGCUAUUUGGAAGCUUGGAUGGUCUCAAUAAGGAACAGCCAGGAAUGCUAGGAACAUGGGAAAGAAAGGGAGUUGGUUUUCUGCUAUAAAGAGGGCUUUUUCACCUCACUCCAAGGAGAAGGUGGUCAAUGGUUUGGAGAAGAAAAGUGGAAAAGAAAAGAACAAGGGAAAACUAAAAAAUGGAGAAACCAAUUCAUUCAUUCCCCUGUUCAGAGAACCGAGCAGCAUUGAGAAAAUUUUUGGGGAUUUUGAAAGGGAGCAACAUAUAAUACCUUUUAGACCUCCUAUACCUGAUGAGCAACCACAAUCACCACCUCCAGUGGUUGCAAGAGUUGAUUCUCCAAGGGCAGCUUCUCCAAGGGUUCCUUCUCCAAGGGCUCCAUCUCCAAGACCGCCCUCUCCAAGAGCUCCAUCUCCUAAGAUAGUUCAUCAUCAUAAGGAGAUCAGCUACAGGGCAGAACCAACUCUAAGGAACCACCAUGCUUCUGUUACUAAAAUCCAAGCCGCCUAUAGAGGUUAUACGGCAAGGAGAAGCUUUAGAGCCCUGAAGGGUCUAUUGAGGCUUCAAGGAGUGGUUAGGGGACAGAAUGUGAAGCGUCAAACAGCCAACGCCAUGAAAUACAUGCAACUCUUGGUGCGGGUUCAAUCUCAGAUUCAGUCACGAAGGAUCCAGAUGUUAGAAAGCCAAGCAAGACGUCAAGUUCAAUACAAGAAUGACAAAGAUGUUGAAAACACAUUUGGCAAAUGGACCUUGAGCCAGGCAUCUGAGAUGGGAAACAAUGAUGACUGGGAUGAUAGCUUGCUAACUAAAGAGGAAGUAGAGGUGAGGGUGCAGAAAAAGGUUGAGGCUGUCAUCAAAAGAGAAAGAGCAAUGGCUUACGCAUAUUCCCACCAGGUAUGGAAAGCUACACCUAAAUCAGGUCAAACACCUUUAGCUGAUAUCCGAUCCGGUGGUUUUCCAUGGUGGUGGAACUGGUUGGAACGUCAACUGCCUCCAAAGGAGCCUCCUGUUGAAACCAAUGCAAUGAAGACCUUUCAACCUACUCCUUCAAGGCAGCGUCCGGAGCUAAAGCAGAGCCCUUUACCCCAAUCAAGCAAUCAAAGGCAACAUCCUUUUGCUUAUGAUAGCAAUCUGGACACACCGAAAUCCUCAAAAUCAACCAUAAACCUCACAACAAUAAAACAAGCACGAACCCCGUCUCCCUUUAAUAUGAGUACUCCACAAGCAAACAGCUCUCGUCUAUCAAAGUAUGCAAGGCCAACAGCAGGUGGAUCGAACUCCCCUUUCGGAUUCCCACUAAAGGAUGAUGAUAGCCUUAUAAGCUGCCCUCCAUUCUCAGUUCCAAGCUACAUGGCUCCCACUGCUUCCGCGAAAGCCAAAGCCAGAGCUAGUAGUAAUCCAAGGGAGAGGUUUAUGGGGACUCCAAGCAGUGAAUCAAAGAGGAGGCUCUCGUUUCCUUUGACUCAAGGUAUUGGGUCUUUCAAGUGGAAGAAAGGUUCUUUUUUAUCUAAUAACAAGGAUUCUAGCUCUCAGAGGAAUUUAGAUAAAAACCAGUCUCUGCAAUCUAUAGAAAAUAUGAGUAUAGACUCCACUGUUUCUAUGCCUGCAGGAGUUGGAAGGAGGCCAUUUAACAGAUUUGUGUGAUUAAAUUUUUUUAACCUUCUGUCUACCCCCAUUGUGAUGUUUCUUUUGUAUGUGUUUGGUGAUAGAUUGAGUCACAAGUUUACUGGUGUAAAAAAUAAUAAACAAAAAUAUAGGAAAUGAUGGUUUGGAAAAUUUUCUUUUUUCUCUUGUUUAGGAUUUGGGUUUUGGAGAAGUAUUUGGAGAAUUGUUUCGUUUUGGUUUGCUAAUUAAACUAGUGUACAAUUAUGUAUCGUUUAUAGUAGGUAAUUUGCCCCCUCAUUUCCAAUAUCUCAACUCUAAUUGGUUUGAUAUCUAAUCGAUGUGUAAUGUGUAUUGUAAAAGUUAUAUAUAUGUUCUUAAUGCU